AUGAUUCGAAGAAGAAUUCAACGGGCAAAUCGAUUUAAUAGGGUAAUACGUCGAAGACAUCUACAAAGGCUGGCUAGACCCUUUGAUAAUACUGAAACUUUAUAUCGGAUUGUGGCCCUCCCUCCUCAAGUUAUCGAUAAUGACCCUUUGGUGGAUGAAUUUUUUAACGAUGCUGUCAUACAAGAAAUCGACUUGAACUCAACUGCUGAAUUGGCAGAAAUACAGAUUUAA